AGGAAGAAGAAGAGUGUUGAAACUUACUGUCUAUGGUUGAAACCGAAAGUAAACGCGAACGUACCCUCGAGAGUAAACGCGCAUUUUGAAGAGUUAAAAUGCAGAGUUAAAAUCCUUCUCUUCAGAUCUCAGAGUUGACGACCUCAAAUCAGUUCUUCAUCAUGUAGAUCAGGGAGAGAUCUUCAUCUCCAGAUCCCAGCGGUGUGUCUCUGAAGAGUGAUGCAUCCAUGAAGUAUCCUCCUAAACUCAGUGCUGAACCAGUGACCUCUGACCCCAGUGCUGAUCCAGUGACCUCUGACCCCAGAGUCACCAGGAGGAAGAGUCAGAGAUCUUCAUCUCCAGAUCCCAGCGGUGUGUCUCUGAAGAGUGAUGCAUCCAUGGGAGUUCCUCCUAAACUCAGUGCUGAACCAGUGACCUCUGACCCCAGAGUCAGCAGGAGGAAGAGUCAGAGAUCUUCAUCUCCAGAUCCCAGCGGUGUGUCUCUGAAGAGUGAUGCAUCCAUGGGAGUUCCUCCUAAACUCAGUGCUGAACCAGUGACCUCUGACCCCAGAGUCACCAGGAGGAAGAGUGAGAGAUCUUCAUCUCCAGAUCCCAGCGAUGUGUCUCUGAAGAGUGAUGCAUCCAUGGGAGUUCCUCCUAAACUCAGUGCUGAACCAGUGACCUCUGACCCCAGAGUCACCAGGAGGAAGAGUGAGAGAUCUUCAUCUCCAGAUCCCAGCGAUGUGUCUCUGAAGAGUGAUGCAUCCAUGGGAGUUCCUCCUAAACUCAGUGCUGAACCAGUGACCUCUGACCCCAGAGUCACCAGGAGGAAGAGUGAGAGAUCUUCAUCUCCAGAUCCCAGCGGUGUGUCUCUGAAGAGUGAUGCAUCCAUGGGAGUUCCUCCUAAACUCAGUGCUGAACCAGUGACCUCUGACCCCAGAGAGGAUCAGAUCCGAGCCCAGGAUCCUCCUCAAGCAGUGAAUGAUGAACUACAGAGAGUCAAAGAGCAGCACAAAACCAGCAUGAAGAACAAGUAUGAGAGAUUAUGUGAGGGACUGAAACUCCAGGAGAAUGAAAGCCUCCUGAACAGCAUCUACACACAGCUCUACAUCAUAGAGGGAGAGAGAGAA